AUGGAGCUGUGUUGUGGAAUUCCAUCCGUCACUUUGUUGGGAGAGCGAGAGGAUUGGGAGAAACUCGUGAAGAAGCUGGACAGGCUCUAUCAACUGGGGGAUGAACCAGCCCGAUUCGCUCAGCUUCUUCAGCCCGUCCUGAAUAAUUUUGUGGCCUCCUUUGAUCGUCCUGAGUCGCCGGAUGUGCUGGACUUCUGGAGCCGAUGUGCCCAUGAGCACUCCAUGUUAAGCGGGUUGGACUAUUUAACGGGCUGGGUUACAGUCUUCUGUUUCUGGGAUGCCGAUGGCAAGCUGCUGUAUCAAGGACCCAUCCAUCUGACUUCAUCUGCUGAGUUCAAGGCACGAGGCUCGACACUGGGUUAUUUCGCCUCCGUGCCCGUGACCGUCGAUGACAAUGGGAAAAUGUAUGACACAGUGAAGUUGGCGGGACUGGUCGGCAUCCAAGCGCAAUCGAGCGGAGUGAUGUUAGAUUCACCAGAAGAAACGGGGCUGGAUUCCAUUCAGCCGGUGUUGGGAUGGUGGAUGUAUGAAAAGCGGAAAGACAGCGCCGGUAAGACCGUGGAUAUUUAG